AUGAGGUUUCAACAAGAGCGUCGAAGACGGUUAAACAGACAGAUUCAGGAGUUCGAAUCAAGGCGCAGUAUUUUUCGUCAAUUUAUUGUUGACAACGUGAACAAAAUUAAUCGUCAGUACCAGACCUUCCAGACCAUGCGCUCAGAGCAAGCCCAGGGUCGAGAGACUAUGAAUGAACUCAUCACUGCCUCCCGAGAAAUGCGUCAAAGAUGUGCAAAACUUCAACAGCAAAUUAAAUCCUUGCAACCUGUCGAAAAAUUUCUUUUGGAAGCACUCACAUUUUUACCUGAAGGCUACAUCGUGAAGUCCCAAGACCCUUUACUCUCUCUGAUGCUACGAUACCAUUCCCUGACACAAACGCGGAAACACCUAUUACAAAAGUGGGAGGAAAACCAAAAUCGGGUUAGUAAAGUGCGAUUUGAAGAAGAUCUCAUUCAAACAAACCACGCUGCUCGCAAACAAAAGCAAUUUUUAAUAGAAAAGAUUGCCAAAAUACAGGACAUGGUUACUGAAGCUGAGGAAUUGCGUGGCCAGUCGCAAUACUUGGACAAAGCUGUUGACCGGGAAAAGGCCAAUCUCAAUAUGCAGGCGAGUUGGCUUAACAAAUUCACUAUGGCUAUCAGAAGCAUUCGAAACAUCACUAACAAGUGUGUGACAAUGCUUAAAGACCUUGAAUAUCGCCACCCAUUGGCUGGUCCCCCUGAAAAAACUCGUCUUCGGGAUUGUCUGAAGCUCAUAGAGGUAAUCUACUCACUUUCCUCAAUUAAAUGUAGACGGGUUCUUAAUCCUUUUUAUCAUCCACACCUGAUUAGAUAG